AGCAAUUUGCGGGGGGAUCAGACACACUCAGAAGACUCGUCUCUCAACUAAUAACCGAUAAAGAGGAAGACCGUCUAAAGACGUCCAAGGAUUAUCGCAAAAAAUUCGAAAAAUUCUAUGAAAAAUUCAGGCGUGUUUCUCCUGUCCUGUACGGACGGAAAGGACACGACGAGUACGGAAUCUCUAGCCGGUCGCGAUCCCUUCGAAUCGUCGAGAUGACGAUAAGAGGACCAGGAUCCUCAGGAUCUCCUCCCGCGUGUGUCCUCUCGUCCAUGCAUGCGUUCGCCGUCAGGUGGGGGGAUGCGUCGCGCGUGGGAGAGUGAGAGAGCCAGAGAGGACGAGAGAAAGAGAUAGCGGGACAGUCGAGCCCGCGUAUAAAUACAAGCGGUCGCGUUCGCUCGCGUUUAGUCGCUGCGAUACCCGAUUCACGUGACGGCCGUCGAUCGAGCGCGCCUCGAUCAACGCUUGGGGAGCCUCGUCGUCGUGUUUCGCAUACGUAUCAACAACGGGUCGACGUGCCUUCCGUGUGUAUACGCGUUGCGUGCGUGUCUGCGGCCGAUAACGAGAGCGAGACGUGGAGAAGGAAAAAGAGGACGCGAGGAAAAGCCGCCGCUCGUGUCUUCGCCCGGCCUCGGCGCCAACGGCUUAACCUAUUUGUCGUCUGCUCCGAAGAGGAGAAGAUAGGAAUUUGUUUGUUGGGAGUGAGAUAAAGAACGAGUUGCGGGAGAUCGUUUUUUUUUUUUUGGCCCGUCCUCGGAGGACCGUCUUCGCGCUUUCGUCGCUCGCGUCAAGUGUGAUGCGAAACAACGGAGCCUCGUACCUGCUGCCCGCGGCAGGUGAGGGCUGACGAGGUAACGCUGAGACAGGGUCGGGGAAUCGCGUGGAUCGAAUAUUCCUUGAGAAGUUUACUCCCGAACAGUGUUCCGUUCCUCGUGCGUGCAUUCGCCGGUAAAUACGUCGACCAUAUAUUCAAUUACCACCGGAUGAUCGUUCAUCCGCAGUGAGGAUCCCGGAGCCUGAGAGAUGGGCGAACGAUGACACGUUCGGAAAUUCCGAAUAAGUAGAGGAAGAACAGACUGGCAGAAAGAGAGAGGGGGAGAGAGAGAGAGAGAGAGAGAGAGAGAGAGAGAGAGAGAGAGAGAGAGAGAGAGAGGGAAAUAUAUACCUAAAGCGAAUAAAAUAAAAAAAGAAAAUAGAUAAACGGUCAGUCCCCUCCCCGCAGGGUCAACGAUCGCUACGUAGAGAUCUCUACGUGCUCUCCUCUCUGCACGGGCGUAUCCGCUGUGGCGGACCGGAGCACGUAACACGUAUACACCACGUACACACACACACACACACACACACACCCAUCAACGUGGUAGCAUUCGCGUUUCACGAGAGUGACCGCGUCGGCGUCCGUCGUCGACGUCGGGAGUGAAAAGGCGGUCGACCGUACGGCUGCUUUCACCGACGAGCCGCGCCGGCCGCGGCGGAAUAAUGCCGAUCGCGCUUUAACGCUCCGUCGCCCCGUGCCUUCUUGAAAAAUGACACUCGCUUGCCAAUAAUCGCCAUUCUCUAGAUAUAUUCCACGGCUCGCGGCUCGGCAACAUCGUCGUCAUCCUCACGCCGUCAUCGUCGUUGGUUCCAUUCGACGAGAAUUCGUGCGGAACGACAGCGAAUCUGCGACGAGAGGGUCUCGAGGCGCGAUUGUGGCGCGAAUUGAACGGUUACCCGGUAUAUACCCGACACGAUCGUCAAAUCGACGAGAGAGAGAGAGAGAGAGAGAGAGAGAGAGCAGAGAGAGAGAGAGAGAGAGAGAGAGAGAGAGCAGAGAGAGCAGCUUUAUUCCCUUGCGUUGCGGCGUUGUGGAAUCUGCGGACACCGCAGCGUAACCUUCAGCGACCUCGCGGUAUAUAGUAUUAAAUCGACAACGCCAGGCGUCGUCGGGCGAUAGUCGUGACGCGUCUUCGCUCGCGGACGCUUGGAACCCAGCUCGGAGAGCUCUAACCCGUGUGGAUAUCUAAUCUCUGUGAAUAGCGUGAUCUCUCCGGUGACCCCAUCGGAUACAACAACAAGUUGCACGCGAGUGGACACUAUAUCGGCCAGAGAGAACCAGGAUCGUUCGUUCAUUCGGUUGUCCCUCGGAAUCGGUGUAUACAUAUUCUGUGCGCGUCGUUCUAACCUUCGGCGAUCUUCCCGGCAUAAGAUAUUCCACUCUCAGCGGAACUGCCGAAGCGACUUUUCACGACAUACUCGGCGCGGAGUCAGCGGCUACCUCUCCAUCCUCGCCUGACCUUCGGCGACCUCGCCGCUCGUGAGACAUUAACCCGUCGUGGAAGCGGCGUACCUGACGGCAGACCGGCUUGAGGUGAAUCAAGCGCGACGCUCGAUCAAUUCAGACGCGAGCUAACCCUCGGUGACAUCAGCGCGAGGUGCACGAACCCGACGUCUUUCUCUUCCCCUCUUUUUCUGUGUCUCGCUGCGCGAUGCCCGGCGCGCGUUUGUGAAAACGCGUUUGUAAAACGAACGGACGUGGUGAUUCCGAUUAGCAUGGAAACAACCGCCAAGAUGUACAUCAGCAACGAACCGCAGAACGGUCACACGACCACCAAAUACGCCUCGACCAACUCGAUCCCGGCGAUGAUUCAGGAACAGGAGUCCUCCUUGGCGAGGAUCCUCGGGGCUGUCGGUAAACAGCGCGAAAACGCGGCGGCGAUCCUGCGGGAUGGCAAGGGUCGCCGGCACAGUGUCCUGGAGGACCUGAAAGCCCGACGUGACAGUCUGUUCCAAAGAGCCCGUAGGGCCAGCAUGUUCUCUGACGAGAAGGAGAAUGCCAAGGACAACGGCAAAGAUAAUACGAAAGAGAAGCCGAAGGACAAGAGGAGGAGCAGCAGCGACACCGGCAACGCCAGACGAGGCUCGGUGUUUUACGUGUCGGAGGAUCUGCUGGAGGAGAGGCAUGAGAUCCAGGAGAGCGAAGACCGCGCCCAAGUAGCGCAGGAAGCCAAGAAGGGACGCCGGAAGUCGUGGCAUCCGCUCGCGAAGCCGCCCAAGGUGGAUCGUAAGAGGCGGAAAGGUGUGGUCGCACCGUCGCAGACCGGCAGCACUGAAGGGCUCUAUCCGCAGGCCCGACAGAAAAGGCCGUCCUGGUGGAACAUCUUCGUGCCGGACUCGGUCAGCAGGUCCAGGCGAAUGUCGCAGGAUGUCACGACGUCAAGAUCGACGGAUAAUCUCACAUCGUCUUAUUACAGGAGCAAGAGCCGUAGCGUGGAUCACGGAUUUACGGCGCCUUUCGACUUGGAUUCCUUGCGGAACAAGGUCGAAGGACGCUUCGAAUCGGUGGACAAGCUGUCAAAGGAUUCCGACAGCGAGAGCAAGGAUGGCUCGACGGUGCAGGAGAAGAAGCACGGCCGCGUCUCCCAGCCUAUCAACACCAUUGCCUACACGGUGGGCGACAGAGACACACUCACGUCGGUGGCGGCGAGAUUCGACACGACGCCGUCCGAGCUGAGCAAAUUGAACAGGCUCGGAAGUACUUUCAUUUAUUCCGGCCAGCAAUUAUGGGUGCCGGCAAAGGGAGAAGGACGUCCGGGCGGCGGGCCGACCACCGAUGCGCCCAGCCCCGAUCCUUGCCACGACCACGAGUCCCAGGACGAUCUACCGCCCGAGGAGAAAGAGCUCUUGGACAAUCUGAGACCAGUGUCACCAAAACCAGGCCAUAUGGAGCGCAUAAAAACACCUCUUGGGACUUCCAAUGUAACCACAGAGGACGAUGAACAACCAUUUAGAGAAAGAUUUCUCAAAAUUAAUGUUCGACAUAUCACAGAUGGUCAGGGUGUGGUUGGUGGUGUGCUGUUAGUUACGCCAAAUGCAGUCAUGUUCGACCCUAAUGUGUCGGAUCCUCUUGUCAUUGAGCAUGGUGCUGAAUCUUAUGGAGUGAUUGCUCCAAUGGAGUUUGUAGUGAACGCUGCGAUUUAUUAUGACAUCGCGCACAUGAGAGUCUCUCAUACCGAAACCGGCAAUUUGGAUAAGAAACCUGAGAUUUACUACAUGAAGAAACCCCAAAUAGAUAAUCGUAAGUGCCAGUCUCCUGGUAAAGAUGAGAAUUUUCCUGAACUGGCGGGUGACGAUAGCGAGAGCGUGUGUAGCAGCGCCGAGAGAGAUGGCGAUGCUUUUCCAAAGGCCUUCGAACGAGAGCUUGUCACUCCUACAAAUCUCCAAACUGAGGAGAGCUCAACUUCGACCAAAGAUAAAGAGAAGGAGAAAGAUAAUGGCGAGAAGGAAUUUUGCAGCGGCGGUCAAGGUAGCAGAACGUUAGAGGAACGUAGACGCUCAAUGCUGGAUCAUCAUUGGGCAGUUCCUAGUAAAGACCGGAGUACAUUCUCUGUCGACGAUGAGCAACAGGACUCGCUAAAUUCCGACAAGGCGGAGCCAGCGAAAUCAAAUGCUAUUCCCGAGGAUGAAGAAGGAUCUCUAGUCAAAUUGUCGUGCCAUGAUUCUGGUAUCGAUAUCCGCGAGCCCAAUCCACCUAUUCCGAUAGUUCAGCCUAUGCCGUCAAAAAAGGUGUAUUCAGACGCGGAUAUUGUUUUAUCUUCCGAUUGGGUUCCUCCAAUAACGAUAGCGCCGACAAAUAUUACGAGCUCGUUGGAGGCAGGCUCUGCUAUUAAUGGCAGGAAGAAGGCCAGCUCGGUGUCCUUUAGUUUAGAGAGUAACGCGGAAGAGCAAGAGAAGGACGAAGACCACAAGGAAGACGAUAAACAGGAAACACGAAGAAACAAGAUGCUGAAACGUCUGUCGUAUCCGUUGUCCUGGAUGGAAGGAUUAACUGGAGAGAAGGAGGACGACAGCAAGUCUAUUUCUGAUAAAGUGUCGAGCCUUCCAAACAGUGCGGAUUCUCACCAUUCCUCCGUUUUCAGCAAAGUUUUCUCAAGCUCGCCGAUCAACCUGGUGAGUGACUUUAGCUCGGGCCUGUUUGCUAAAACCCCCAGCGAAGAGAGUGGUGGGGGCGGUAGAGCGGGCGGAACUCCUCCGCUCACCGCCUCCUCGCUCUCCCAGGACUCCAGCAAUCCUCAAUUCUCACCUGGUCCAGGAGGCCUCAUAGGACGCUCUUCCGUGGGUACUUUCAUCAGACAGCAACCCUUGACAUCCUCCGGCAGUAGCAGCGUCGACAGUAGUCGAGGUAGUAAGACCUCGACGACGGCACCGCGUUUAGACUACCGCAGUAUGGUCUCGGUCGAGGAUAUGCCGGAGUUGUUUGUGAGUUUCGACAAACUGAUCCCACGACCGGCGCGUUCCUGCGAAGACCCACCGUUGUACCUGAGAUUACGCACUGGCAGACCGAAGGACAAGAAGAUACCGCGGUCCACACCGAUAAUGAGCUACGGAAAGAAGAAACUGCGUCCCGAAUACUGGUUCAGCGUGCCGCGCAACCGAGUGGACGACCUGUAUAGGUUCAUUCACGCGUGGGUGCCGACGCUCUAUGGCGAGCUCGACGAGAAUUACUGGCGGGAGCGCGGCUACAUCCUGUCCGACACCGACACCGAUCUGUCGCCGGAACUGUCGCCGCACGAGGCCGGCGAAGGCGCCGAUUCCACGGAGGAGGGCAAGACUCGCGGCCACGACGGCGAUGAGAUCACAGAACUGACGAGGGAGUCGUGGGAGCUGAUCAAGGCCCCCUACGUAAAGCUGUACAGCAUCCUGAAGACCUCGAGCACGUUGGCCGAUUCCGAGCAGAUCCAGGAUCCGGAGGUACUGUCUAUGAGCGAGGAGUUCAGGCGAGCUCUCUACGCGAACAGUGCCGUCUCCUUGGACAACGACAUCAUCGUGCCAGACCUCAUAGGCACAACGGAGAUACUCAGCGACGAGCACAGGGAACAGCUGUGCCGUCAUCUGCCCGCGAGGGCCGAGGGUUACCAGUGGACCCUCGUCUUCAGCACCAGUCAGCAUGGUUUCAGUCUCAACAGCAUGUAUCGCAAAAUGGCAAAGAUCGAGAGCCCGAUCCUGUUGGUCAUCGAGGACACCGAGGGCAACGUGUUCGGUGCAUUGACCUCGUGCUCCCUGCACGUGAGCGACCACUUUUACGGUACCGGCGAGUCCCUGCUCUUUAGGUUUACGCCGAGGUUCCAGUCCUUCAACUGGACCGGGGACAACUUGUACUUCAUCAAGGGCAACAACGAGAGUCUGGCGAUCGGUGCCGGAGACGGCAAGUUUGGACUGUGGUUGGACGGCGAUCUGUACCAGGGCAGAACGCAAUCCUGCAGCACGUACGGCAACGAGCCGUUGGCGCCUCGCGAAGACUUCGUUGUGAAGACGCUGGAAUGCUGGGCCUUCAUAUAGGACACGGCCUCGUACCCCCAGCCCAUCCCUUCGUCCUCGCCGCAGCCUAACUUGACUUGAACUCGCGAGCCUCGCGCAGGUUUCGCCCGCCACCCCCCGCCCCCAGGAGAGAUUAGAGGAAGACUAACGAUUCUAAGAGACUUUGCCGGAGAGGACACAGAGUCGUAUCAAACGUCGCGAUAUCAAUUCGCCUGAUCGCCUCAACGGUAUUUUGGGAGGUACCCGGUGCAGUUAGGGUGCAUGGGAUGAUUCCCCCGGGGAGUAAGCAGAAUCGUCAGUGUCCGCCGCGCGCAAGGACAACGACGAAUAAUAUUGGCUCGAGGCGACGGUAGUGAAUCGAGGACGGGCGAUGCAGCCUCGAAAGGGAUAUUAUGCGGUCGGUAAUGAGACAAAAGAAAAAAGAAAAAGGAUAUAGGCUGUUUUAGAGUCGGAAGUUACGCGAUCGGUAGCGGGCUAUUAGAAACGCGCGAGUACGCGUGUCGCGUAACUGCUGAUCAUUAUUGAUUUUAUCGUCCGUUCUCGGCACUCUUGUCUCUUUCAUUUUUCUUUUUUAGUUGGCAUAUUUAUUUUACUUUUUUUUUUUUUUUUUUACACGCGUACAUGGUCUCUGGCUACGAGCGGCUGCGUCGCUCGUUGAGAUUUUGCUCGUCUAUGUUUUGGAUUUAAUUUGCAGCUGCAGAUCGCUCGAGAGUCGAAGAAUUAUGAUUACUUCGUACGAUAAUCGUUACUUCGAACUAGUCGUGAGUAUAUGACACAUUUUAAGUGACUACUGCAACGUCGAUAACAGGUAAUCACGAGGAUGUUGAUGUUGAUGGUAUAAUGACGAGGGAAAAAAAUAAUGAUAAUAUAAUAAUAAUAAUAAUAAUGAUGAUGAUAAAUAUGACGGUGAUCAUUGAAAGAAUGUGAGUGUGAGUGUGAGUUUGUGACAGCGAUGCGGAUGAUAAAAUGCUGGGCGAGAUCUAACGUUUUGGGAGAAAACGAUUAACGAUUCAACACGAUGAAAUGCUAAAAACUAACAGUUUGUUGAUGUGUAGAUAAUGUAGAUAGUAAAUGUAAAUAUAUAUAUACUAUGAUCGUGUUGCAAUGAUUAAUUUUAACGGUACAAGUAGAGAGAACUCUUUGCGGAACACUGUGUAGCUCGUCAUGUAUAAUCCAAGGAGACGUUACAAACACGAGAAACACAUACACGACAUAUAACAUAUAUAUAUACAUACACGUGAGGAUUAUACACAGAUACGGGAGAGCGUGCUCUCGCGCGCGCGACCGGAGAUGCGAUGAUCUAUGAUCUGAUAAAAUUAAUAAGUAGCUUUAGAAAAAGAGAGAAAGAGAGAGAGAGAGAGAGAGAGAGAGAGAGAGAGAGAGAGAGAGAAAGAAAAAAAGAAAAAUCUCGUACCGAUGUUCUACUAUUAUACAAGAGAAACGUAGAAACACAUAUCGGGCGAGAAAGUGGAAUUACAAACUCGAGCUGGAGGCGUGUAUUCGUGAAAUCUUGUCGUCAAUAAAUUAGUAAAUGUGCUUUGGAGUCACGAGUGACCACAACGAACACACAUGCCUGUGCCUGCUUCGCUCUCUUUGUCUCCCUCCGCCAAGUGUCAAAAAAAAAAGAACGCGAUGUCAAAGCGUAUUAUUUCGAGCGUGAACGCCCUACUCCCCCUUCUCAUCUCCCUCCCUCAAUUUAUUCUAUAUCAGCGUACGAAAAGAAACCCCCGGUGUACGAAGGAUCGAUCGCAACUUAUAGUAGUAGUUAAUAGAGCGCGUCGAGAACCAGAGAACAACCGUCGAGAUCGUCGCACAUGUGACCACACUCGUUCCGAUGCUCUUUUGAACCUAGUCCAACUUUGUACGGCCGUGUUAACGUGUUAUACAUGCAACACACAAUCACACAUACACACACGUAUUGUCCGAGCUUAAUCUCUAUCGCGCGCGAGCAUAUCACGAGGAGACACGAGAGAGCGUGUCGGGAUGAAAUCGAGCGUGUGGUACUCGCACGCUUCAUCGCGUCGAUGCGCCGGGAGGAUGCAAUUUUUUACGCGCGCGGCAACGCGGCGAACGCAACAGCGGCAACAACCGCGGGAUACAUACUCUCUUCUCGUGAUCCACGGGAUUCUCUUCUCGUUUGAGGUGCUCUCUUCUCGCGACCGCACGAGAAAGGACGUCACGCGUUGCCGCUUGUCUCGGUAUCGCGCGGGGAAGGGGGGCAGGGUAUCGGACGAACUUUUCUAGCUAUGUUAAGCUCCACGGGAGCAUUGUGCCGAGUCGCAAUCGUUUGAAGGCCCAACUUUGGCACGUGACUCUGCUGACUCUCGCGUCGCGUGAACGGGGACGGAUCACGUUUUAUAUAUCGCGUUAUAGACCUAAAUACGCCGCCGUUUGUCUCCAUCCUUUUCCACCUCAGCCUAUCCCCGUCCCCCUUCUCCUCCUCCUUCUCCACCUCUGCCCUAUCCCCCUGUUUCCCUUCUACAAUUACUCUAGAUACAAUAUUUGUACUCAGCGACGUACGCGUUGCAUCGUUUCUAUAUCGAUUUCGGAUCUGCGAUCUAAUCUUAUAACGACGCGUCUCUCUUUCUCUCUGUCGGUCGUACGCCCAGAGAAGCGUAUCGUCGGCAGAGAGACGCGCAUAUAAAUGCGACGACCAAGAGUGCUUAUUAUACUAACACGUGAGCACAAUAAAACACACGCAGAAAACUUUGGAUCUAUCUUUACCUAUUUCUCUCACUUCUCGCGUACGGUAUAUACAACAAAUGCACGUGCAUAUGCAUACACGCGAUACGCGUACAUGCAUACGUACCACGCACAUACACACCACAUACACACACGCAUACACUCUCAUUCUCUCCCGACGCAAUCGCGUCACCGGGGAACGUUCGAAAGACUGAGCGGCCGAUCCAAGAGAUUCCAAGUGGAGACCCAAGUGUUCGCGCACUGGUUACAAGACGCACUAUAAAAACGGAAGACAAAACAAUAGGAAACACGUGAUCAAAGCCACCGAUUGGGCGAUUGGACGGAGCACGGUGCGGCAUUUUUUAGUGAGAAAUUCAAUCAGGGCUCACAGGUGCCGGCGUGCAACUUCAGCGAAGCCUCUUCGAGCUCCUUCGAGCGUGCCGCGUGAAUAAGCGUGAAGUGAUUAGGAACGGCGUUGAUAAUCGGGUCUUGUAUUUAAGAUCGUCUGAGAGUUUGCCUGGUGCUGCGUGGAUCAUCAUUCCAUUGACUACGAGACAUCUGAGGAUGAACUUGGAUACAAGACUCGACUAUGACCGCUCUGGGAAUCCCUCGCCGAUGGAAUCGUCGCGAUUGGAGGAUCGUGACGGAUUGCAAUCGUGAGCCUUUCUUUUCAUCGCUUGCAGCGCCGAGACCUCGGCCGGCUUCACCGGAAGUUGCACCUCGGUCACCUCCCAACACCCGAUAUGUUGUCGACGAAGCACAAACGUGAUGUCAAUAUCCACGCGGUAGCACCUACCGGCUUACUAGGAUAGUAGUCUCGAACCUGUACACUUACCUAAACGCAAGAAACACACACAAUAACGUUGCAUACGAUUAGCGUUGCAUAGAAGCGUAAAUUAGAGUCUAGGCGUAAUCAUGUGAUAUUAAGUAAACGGGAGCGAAAUGUUGCGCUCGUAGAUGAUUUGUCGAGUCGCUUCGAUGAUACCACACGAUUGCACGCGCAACGUCGUAUACAUACACAUCAUACACACACGUACACGCACACAUAUUCACACACGUAUAUACAUACCUCGAGAUAGAGAUUCUUCCUCUUUCGCUUUCUCAAAGCGUACAUUUGACAGCAGGAACUUGAAUAGCUCGAGGAAUGUACAGUCUGUCGUCGGGUUCGAAAGCGCGAUCGCUGGGUGAACGCUGGGAAUUAUGUUUGUUACACGUACGCGAAAGCGAGAAAGCGAAGUAUGCGCAUCCGAAAGCAGGUGGUAACGAUAAGGCCGAACGAGAAGCUUGUGUAUAGAAAAGGAAAAGGAGAAAAGAGAGAAAAGAAAAUGAGAAAAACAAAAAAGAAAUACUCAUGACCCUCGCCUUAAUGUGAAAAAUCAAGAUGUCGAUGUACAUUGUAACGAGAAAAAUAAAAGAUCAAGUGUGUCUGAGAAAACAAACUUUUCGUUCAUUAUUCUUCCGCGUUUCGUUCCGCCGCUCAUGAAUUUACACAUGCGCGCGUGCGCGCGCGUUAUGUGUGUGUGUGUGUGUGUAUGUGUGCGCGCGUCUAUGUUGGUUGUGUCGCUUAUUGUUCCGUUGCAAUUUGUCGCAACCGAGCCGGUUCACAUAUUGUAACACAUACGAUAUAUGUUGUAACACGCGCGAGACCUUCUGGUCGGUCGGCCGACGUUUCCGGUGAGACAAGUUCGAUAAAUUUAUCGCGCAGAUAUCAAGCGCCGUGUCGUGCACACACCGUCGUAUCGAAUUCCACACGCGCUGUGGAGAAAAGAAACGCGACGAGAAAGAGAGAGAGAGAGAGAGAGAGAAAACAUUUGUAGGUUUCACUUGACAUGUUUAGGAUACCAGAUAAUGUCCAACGAUUGAUAACUCUGUCUCGUGCGCGUGCGAUAGUGUGUCAUUAUCCUCACAUGCGAACGAGCGAGCGAACGAGGCGAGCGAAUCGCACGUUACCGGACAGUGAGUGAAUUAAUGCCGUAGAUAUCCCAGGCUUGAAACGACCAGUGUCAUUUAGCUGCUUGGCGGCCUUUGCUUUCAAAUCGCUGAAUGACAUUGCUUAUACCGAGCUUAAGAGUUUAAGCAAGAAUAUGCGGAAUGUCCCAUCGGCAUCUCGCCGUCAGCUCUCGGUGAUAAACUAUCGAACUUGGAAGUCGACGUUCGCUCGAGUGAAAAUCUAACGGGAGACUCCGUCGUGGAAAUGGUUUUCUAACUUGUUUGAGUUGUACUUUGACAGAAAUUGAAUGUAGAAAUUGAAUUGCGACAUGGGAGAUAUCGAGUGAUAUAUGUUCGAAUCUGUAAAGUUUUCAUCGAUAAGGAAAUGCCGUUCGCGAUCUGUUCUUUUGGUUGUACGCACUCUCUGGUGCAUCCUGCACAAACGAGGUAAAUUUAUUUUCGUAUACUGAAUGUAAGAGCAGAGGGGGGAGGAAAUAUAUAUUGUACGAGUGUGAACCAGUCGAAGAGCGUAGACACAGAAAGAACAGAUCUAAUUUCGCCGAUGGGACACCCGGCGUACAAUACGCUCCUAGAUCACUAGGAGUAUGUUUAUAGUUAUGUGCGAGGGACAACUCGCCCGUAGAUAAGAAUAGCGAAAGACUCCAAGCUGAAAAAUUAUACGCUCGGUAUGGCAUACCGAUAUUACACCCAACCGAAACACACGACCGUGUAGUCGAAUAUUAGCGAUUGUUAGCUGAGAGCUAAUCAAUGUAAGAAAACUCGAGAGAAGAGAACAGAGGCGGCACAAACUCAAGCUAAGCAGCACAACAAAGAGGAGACACAUACCUUCGGUAUACACAUUGUCAAUUAGAUUCAGACUGACUGCAGGGAUUGAACACACAUAAAACAGUUCGAUGUUCUUCGAUGUUUAGCUAGAAUUACAAAGUUGUGUCGUCGUCCUCGUUAAGAUGAGAACAGCACAUCAUUGAGAACACGCGAGUCGACGCACAUCUAAACUCGGGCUAGUGGCGCAAACGUGAAGUGAUUAGCGGCUAAUGGGACCCAUUUGACAUUACAAGAUAUUCUAAUAUAUAUAUAUAUAUAUAUAUAUAUAUACACAUACAUAUAUAUAUACACACUAUAUCAGUCAGUAGAGAAUACGAGAGAGGAGGAGAGCGAAAGAGAAAGAGAAAACUCAUUGAGGAGAUGAGGCGAACCGAUGUUGAUCUUAGCGAGAAUUGGCGCACAAGUCAGUCUGCUGGUCUCGCUGCGGAGACCACGUAAUCAAUACUGUAUUACGCUACGUUAUUGGUAUGCGAUUUGUCCUUUAACGCAAUUGUUACAACUCGGUAAACAUCGACUGACAGUAACGUUACGUAAAUGUUACAAUCCCACUCCCAGAGAUGUGACUGUUAUGUACAAGGUGCGUCACACUUCACUUACAUUGCCGAGUGAGCAAUCACAACAGCGAUGUAAUCUUGCUGUUACUCGAAGUUUACCGGGGACUAACGCAGCUGCUGCUCGUGGGUGAAAAGAGAAAGAGAAAAGAAUUCUUGUCUCGUUGAGGAGGAAAUUUCCGAAUGUUCCCGACUGGGAACGCGCAUUACCUUGCGUUUCGUUUCGCGUCGACGGUGUGAACGGCUGUCGUCGCGAGAAAGUCGCCGAAAGUUAAUUGAGAUCGAGGCCGAUCGCUCGGCUUGGCUUCCCUCUGUCUAUCCGAGUGAUGCUCGUUUCUACCGACGUCGAUGAAACUUUAAUUCGAGCUUAAACCUGCUAUCCGGACAAAGACUUAAGCUUGGAUGAAGGUUCCAACGACGUCGGUGAAAACGAACGGGAAUGAGAGACGGCGGAGUAUUGGUCACGGAUCAGUUGAACUUCAGCCGGCGUUUAGGAAAACGAUCCACCGCCACUACCACCCUCAUCCCCUGUUGCAUAAAUGUUUGUUCGGCCCUUAUUAACAGUAGAGGAGACAGGAAUCCGUAGAAACAGCCUGUUUUAACACACGCGACCGUGAAGCGGCCGUUUGUUUCGAGCUGCGAAGCUGCGAGACGAUCGAUGUGACGUAUUCGUAGCGAUUUCUGUGCCGAAAUCCCGAGUUCCAAUGACAAAAUUAUAUAGCUAGCGCAGCGAAGUUUCGUUGUAAAGCAGAAAUGCGAUGUAGGCCGAGCGAGUCGUUUUAUUCGGCAAUUCAACGACGAUGUUCCAAUAUUUGCGAGCAUUUCGAUGUAAGAGGCAGGCGAUUUCCAGUACAACAAAAUAUCAAUUACAGCGACCCGACGCGGUGCGUUGUGCGUGUAAUUGAGAUAUCUUCGCUGUGCGUUGCGCAGAGAGAAGGAGCGAUGCGCUCUCAGUGGGUUCAUCGGCGAUAAA